CGUGGAAAACGCAAAAUUGAAGGAAACAGUCGUAAUCGAUGUUCAGACUUUUUGCGAGAUAUAUUGGCUACUUCAGAUCAUAUCGUUGCCUUUCGUUCCAGUCAAAAUGUCAUGUAACUACAAACAAACAUGCGGCCGCUAAAUCAAUCGAGUUGCUUAAGAUCGUCUGAUUGACUGACUUAAAGGGAACAAAGAAUUAUCAGCGCAGAAUAUAAUUAAGCUCGUCCGUAUGCUCGUAAAAUGAUCGUCAUCGAAAAGACGACUGACUCACUCGUCGCACACAUUGUAUUCGCGCUAUUGAAUGCGAUAUUGCAUUAUGCAUUCUAUAGAGCUACUAUCGCUUUAAUUAUAUUGCUGAAGGAAUGCAUCGGCUGGAUUCUCCGAAAAUUAAUAACAUUUAGCUUGUCACGAAGUGCAACUGAUGCUUUAUCCCAUGUGAAUUCCCAUGUGAAUCUGCCGUGCCACGAGAAGUCCUCAUAAAAUCGCCUGUAAAAUGCCGAACCUGUCAAAGGCUUUUGUUACUAUGAAUAUGCACGAGAAUUCUAAUCGCCCAUGCGAAAAAUUUCACAAACCAUUAAUGAAAACAGGUACUGGAUUAUACCUUCCAAAACCCGAUCCGGAGGAUUGUGAAUGUGACGUUCACGGUAUUGAAAUUAAAAAAGCUAGAUACAAACAAUUGGCUAAUAAGGAACGUCGAGUUCGUGACGAGCUAGCGAAAGUCAAUCGCGAAAUGAUAGAUCUCACAUCAUUGAUGCUGGACAGUGCUUGCAAUGUAGACGAGACGAUGAAGAGCGUUUACAAAACGGAUUAUGAGAAAAGAGGUCUACCCGUGGCACACUAUAGACCGUUAAUAGCGGCGGUAGAUUCGCCGAUUCUGUCAUCCAUUAAGCCUGCAAUGGUUGGCUUGAAAGAUGCUUAUAAAGAUCCGAUCAAAUUCAAAUAUUCAGCUAUGGAAAGUCCAACGAUUCAACCCGCCAAGACAAUAACUCUUUUGAAGGUUUCAGACACUUGUUCUUUUUGGGACGAGCCAUUCACAGGUUGUUCAGAAUAUAUGGACACCAUCAGCAAAAUGGGUAUGAAUAAUAUGAGAAAUCAGCAACAAUAUCUGAGGCCUCUUCUGCCAUCAAGAAGUUUUGAUUAUUGCAAUUUACCAAAAUCGAUGUAACAACUGCCUAUACGGGGACGUAAUUUUUUUUGCCGAACAAAAUAAUGUUAUGCAAUCAUUCAUAUUGUAAAGUGAAGGGAAUAUAAUAACGCACGAAUAAGAUGUAAUCAAUUUUUGUCUCUGUCUUUAGACAAUAUUUUAUUUAUCACAUUGCAGUAGCCCGUAGUUAACGAGUUCUCACAAAGGAGUCGGUUUGCAAACAAUUCUCUCGGAUUGCUAUUUAGGUUACAGAUGAACUAUAUGGCUGUACCGUUAAGCGAUUACGUGGCUUAGUAUUUUGCUUGGUCCUCGUACGUAAAUUUUUACGGUAUAUCGUUACAUUCUCAAUGGCAAAAAUAUAAUCAACUAUAUUGAUGCUUGCAUUGUAAAAGCGCAAACUAAAUGUUAGUCAAUUACGUGAGCUAAGUACAGUGAAAAAAUCUAGAAUAUCUGCAUAUAUACAUAUAGAUCUACGUUAUAUGGAAAUCUAUAUAGAUUUAUAUGUAUACGUGGAUUUAAUAUGUACAAAUUUUGCGUAUUACGUAUUUACGUAUUUACCUCCGUUUAAUAAAAAUGUCUUCAUACAGAGAUAAUAACAAUAUGAACUUUAUAAUAUUCUUUUUUACAAUAAUAGAGUCGCAACAUAAUAUGUA